AUCAGACUAAUCACUGCAAGCUUGGGAAAUAUAUCGGGGAAAGGCUACCGCAACGACAUCUAAAUUUUUCUUGCUUUUCUGCUCAUUUUGGAGUUUGAAUAGUGUGCUAAGGUUCUUUGCCAUCAGGCUGCAUCUUUCAUUCCAUGAUGUGCCCUUCUUGGUGGACAGCAACCUGCCUUCUAAUGAUGGUUGACGAUUGACCCUCAAGAAUGCUUGCAUCAAUCAGCCACGCAGGACGCAUGUUGCAUUAGCCCUGCCCCAGUCACCGUGAUUAAUGAAAGCCUGACUUCGGCUGGCUCUGGGUAGUAGAGCUCUGCAGCUCGCAUAAAUCAGUGCUGGAAAGAAAAACCCCCGGGAGAAAGAAUUUCAUCAUCAAGGGGGAUAUUCGUCUCUGUCAGGGGUUUUUCAUUUUGCUCGGAACAGUCGAGCAGUCAAGAAAGAAUAUGUAAAGCUGGCAUCGUGAGGAACAAAUCGCUUGUUGCCAUGGAUUAAUGGAAUUUACGUUUUUCGCCUUGCUCGGAUAUUGGCUACCAUGUGUGGAAUAUGCGCUUCAUCUAGUGACAUAUUGUGAUUGGCUUGGAGACUACUGAAUGUUAAACAGAAGUCAUGGAGCAGCAGAACCAGUACUUCUAUAACCACAACCAAGGGCCUUCAACCUGCAUGCCACCUCAACAGCAGCAGCAGCAACAGCAAGAUCCGUCUUACCCUGUCAACAAUAUGGACCAGUCCAAGAUGGGUCCUAUGAUGAGGGCCCUUACUGAAGACUUCGAUAUACCUGGUCAGAACUCGGCCAGUAGUUACCCUCAGCAAGGGGUAACCAACAUGCCACCGUCUGGGGACCAGCAAAGAGCACCGUCCAACAAUUUUGGUCCAGCUUCACAGACAUUGUCUGGUUAUGCCAGCCAGUAUUCCUCAGGGCCAAGUUCACACAACUACUUUCCACACGGACAUUCUCCGUCUCCUUUAAACAGUGGGUUUUCUCCCCCAGGAGCGAACUAUCCUUCCUCGGGUGGAAUGUCCAGUCCUUACCAGAGGCAGAUGCCAGCGACAAGCCCUUUGGGAAGUCCCAAUGGGCAUGGACACCCAUAUCCAAGAUCUGCUAGUGCUGGUCCAACAAUUCCUUCUCCCAUCAUGAUGCAUGGACCUGGAAUGUAUCCUCACAACCAGACAUCUCCAGGGAAUCGGUCAACACCAUUUGGCUUCCCUACAUCACCUACGUCUCCACAUAAUCACCUUAAUCACGCCUCUCCACCUCUAGCUUCUCCAAACAGUAUGCGUCCUGUAGGAACCCUACAUAGUCCUAAAAGUCUACCAGCUAGUUCCCCUGUCCCGUUUGUUUCUCAGAUGUCACCUACAGCUUCCCGUGCUCAAAGCGUUCCUACUCUUCCUGGAAAUUCUGUUGAUCACUUGCCUCCAAUGUCCCAUGGCAGGUCCAAAUCCCCUGCAUCUGCUGGCAUUCACCGUCCAUAUCCGCAACCAUCCGGUCAGCAGCAGUUAUACCCACUGCCUUCUCCUAAGGUUCGACCUGUUGACCAGACCGACAGUAGAGGACAAUAUGUAGAACUUGUACAUACAAAGCCUGGAGAUCAGAGGCCAAAUAGUGAAAGAGCCCGUAAUCACAGUGGACCGAGAAAGAUGUCUGACCCUGGGCACUUGCCUCGAUUAGAGGAAAUGGUUGCAGUUCUAAGUGAUUCAAAGGUCAAGGAGACAUUAGAUGAAAUCGUUUCAGAUAAGAAUCUUCCUGUUAUUGAGAACGGUUCACCUGGAGAAUCGGUUAAAUCUGAUUCCUCAAAUCAAAAUACAGAAGGUACAAAGACAAACAGAACUCCUGUAAAUAAUGGAAUUUGUGACAACAUUAAACAUGAAACAAAAGGAGGACUUUCCAAUGGAUUGCCAGAUUCAGGGAACAAAAAUGUUGAUGAAGUAAACUCACAAAGUGACUUAUUAAGUGAAAAAGACCUUGAGACUGUAACUCCUCUAAAAAAGGUAACUAAAACGUACUGUGGGAAGGUCAAUGCCAAGUCAAAUGGAAGAAACGGUAUCACAAAACAAGAGAGUGUAGAGUCUACCAACAGUAACUGUGAUGUAAAUGAAUCCCCAUUCAAACCACCUUUGUCCAAGCAGUCGCAACCUCAGAACUCUUGUCAAACCAAAGAAACAAACUUAUGUAAAGAAGAGACUGUCAAAGGGAAAGAGGAAUCCACAAGUAAGUCAUUACCAGAAACUAAGUGCCAAAGUGAACCCCUAUCCAAGCAUUCCCCAGUCAGUGAACCAAAUAAAGAUAUAGCUUCCACUUCCUCACGGAAUACUGAUCUUGAUAAACAAGUCCCAAAGACACCACCUUCACUUGAAAAGGAUCCUAUGACCACUCCUACAAGUAAGAGGAAGAGCCCUGAGGGCAGUGGAAACAGUUCUGGGAAUGAUUCUCUUCCUUUGAAGAAGAGAAGAGGAAGACCUCCAGGUAGUAAGAAUAAACAAGAAGGGGAUGACGUGAAACCCAAGAGGAAAUACACAAGAAAAAAGAAGCUAUCAAUGGAUGGUGGAGAAGAGGAGGAUCCAAAUAAAGCUAAGCAAUCUAAAACUGUUACUCCCGUGAAAGGGAAGUCAGAGGCCAGUGCGCCAGUUGUUCGGGGGCCUUUCCUUAGAGUUGAAGGUUCUAGCGUUGAGAGUAUGGUAUCAAGCAAAUUAAUUAAUUCACAAGAUGCUGAAGAGGAGAUUGUCAAAGGUGGAAAGAAGAAGCAGAAGGUGGUGAAGCACACCAAGAGACACAAUGUUGUUGUUGCUGGACAUGUUGGACAGGCCGCUGUCCUUUCUUCGGAGUGCCCAGUUCCCACAGGGUUAUGGGUAUGUACACUAUGUGGAAAUCCUCCAAACUUUGGUAUACUUGGCGACCUGUAUGGACCAUACUAUCCACCAGGAUGUGAUGUCCCUUCCUCAAAGAAGGACAGUACAUCAAAGAAUGACAAACACAGAGGAAGUGACUCAUGGGAAUCGCGUCGUGGCUCCAAAGGUGGAAGGCAAAGCGCAGGAACAUCAAGGAAAGGGUCGGUCCAGGAGAGCAGAAGUCAGAGGGGGAAGUCGUUGAUGGCAAAGCAGGCUGAUUUCUCAAAGACUCGUAAAUGGCGGCAGAUCAAAACGUACAUGGAGGACAUGUCCUUAACGACGGGUAGGAAAUCGUUGAAGAGGAGAAAAAGUGAAAGUGAAAGUGACUUUGUGGAGCUUUGGGUCCAUGAAGAAUGCGCUGUCUGGUCACAAGGUGUCAUAUUUCUCCAAGGUACUCUUUUUGGCAUUCACGAAGCAUCCAAAGAAGCGGAAAACAAGAAAUGCAGCCUGUGUCGAGAUUCGGGGGCAUCUAUAGGUUGCAUGUAUAAAGGAUGCAAGCAAGUCUACCACUAUCUGUGUGCUGUGGAAGCUGAGUGUCAGCUUCAUCAAGAUAACUACUCCAUGACCUGUCCCAAACACAAGGACAAGAAAGUCAAGAUGAGAGGUGGUACCUGAUGGUCUUCACUCCUUGAUGAAACCAUGUGGCUUUAAUAUUGGACAGUACAACACAAAGAUGCAUUUCUUCUACAGUAUUUACCUUCAAGUUCUCAAUGGCCUGUAUCCUGGACUUGGGUUUAAUUCAAAGUCAUAUUGGCGCCAGUUUUCUUUGGGAGUUCGAGACGCUACGGAUGCUAAUCUCGCAGAGUAUGGAAGGUAUUCAUGGCCAGUAGACGUUAUGUAACGCCACUGGAAUUUGCUUUUGCUUUCCCGGCCCGCACAGUUGUCCGAGGCUAAGCCAGGCUUGGUCAAGAAUUCCUCGUCGGUACAUUAAGUUUGCUGUCCCCAAAGUGGUUUCUACGACAGGUAUUUUUUAUUCUUCUAUCAAAUUCUGGGAUCGAUCAGCAAAGAAUAAUCCAUUUCCCAUGAUAGCUGACAUCUGUAUAACUUUUAACUCUGGGCCCAAUAACAUAAAAGCUCUAUAGCGAUUGAUCAUGGGGCCAAGCUACGAUUGAUUUCAUUGAGUACCGUAUUGUAUACAUGUAUGAUCAAUUGCUUGAAUCAUCCCUAGGAUCGAUUGCUGAACUUUAUGUUACCGGGGCCCUGGUCUGAAGUUGUUCUUAACUAUGGAUAGGCAGUUGUGGCAUAAAUCUCAAAGUAGAUUUUCAAUUUAUCGACAUGUUUCAUACUCUAACCAUGCAUAAUUGUCUCAAAAUUAUGACAAAGAGAAUUAUCUCUAACAUUACAGCAUGAGGAGAGAACACAGCAAGCACAUGAGAGUACAAAGUUAAGAAGGUUUUGAAAUUUUUGACUUCCCGUGAUAUUACCAUUGACUUGGCCGGCUAUGGCUGAAUUUAAACCUGGACUUCAGAAUUCAGGCCAGUGUGUUUAUUUUUCUUCUUCUUUUGUUUGUGUAAUGUAUGACAAUAUGAUGUGUAGUAUCUGUUAUACUGUAUGUAUAUGUGAAGUGCACAAAGCAGUAGAAUGCACUAUUUUUAAAUGUGAUUAUUUUUGUAAUUUGAAGCAGAGUUUCUGCUUCUCUAGUAAACUUGCAUCUUAUUGAAGGUAUAAAAAACUUACAUUAUGACGGCUUUUCACAUUUCACUCUUUCAAAAUGAACAUUUAUUCAAAUACUGGUGUGUUUUUUUAUUUUGAACAUUUGAAACAUGAUCUACAGUGUAGCCAAUUUUAAGUGUUACUCAUAAUUGUCAUAAUCCUUUAAAUUUUCAUUUGAAAUAUCAAAUUUGUCCCCAAAAUGCUCCAGAAUCCAGUAAUUUGUAUAAACUAUGUGCAUGAGACUUCAGCAUUUAAAAAAUAUAGGUCUAGGCUAUAGUCUUGGCUAGGGUUUUAAAUGUAGGAAUAUUAAAUUUGGCAAGGUUUGAAAGUUUAAAGUCAGAUGACUGACUAAAACAUGUGUCAUACAACCGAAUGUAGAUUACAAAAACUGCCACCGUGUUUAUGUAUUGUCACAUGAGCUUUGUCAUUGCGCAGCAUGCAGCUUUUUAAUAAUAGGCUUGUCCCUCAUACAGUUUAUAGUCUGCAGGGUAUUCUCUUAAGAGUAUAAUCAUAAUUUAUUGAUGAUACACUUUUUCAAAAGUAAAAUGUAAAUAUGAUUUUGAUGAUCCGGACCUCAAAUUAUGAUAUUUUAUUCGGGGGACAUAUGUUCCACUGAGAAUUUGUCUGGCUUGACUGAAUACAUCCUAUGUACUGGUUAUAGCAGUUUGCCCUAUAGUAUGAAGACAAAAAAAAAAGAUUUGCAAAACCUGUAGAGGAGACAGCAUUUUAUACCAUGGUUUAAACUUUAAAAUCCUACAAACAUGUCGAUCACAUUAAAGUAUUAUUAGCUUGCAGUGUGGAUUCUAUUAUUUUCUUCUGAGCGAUAUUCUGUGGGUUGUAAUGAGUUUAUAAAUUGAAAAUCAACACUGCCAUUUUAAACCUUUAAGCGGUUGUGGUUUGCUGCCAUAUGUCCUGUAAAACCGUAGGUAGAUACUCAUUCUUUUACUCCCUUAUCAAGUAAAAUAUGCAACAUUCAGAACAUUUCAUGACGGGAGCAUACUUGACUUGAACACAUUCUCUCUGCAUGGCAUGCAUAAUGUAUGGGGGAAGUGCCAGACAAAAUGUAUGUCUAGCUGGCUGGCUGG